AUGUUUGACAGUUUAUUGUUGUUGGAAAAAUAGAUUAUUCAAUAAUUUCGAAAUGAACGUUAUAAGGAUGCUCAUACAGAUGAAAUAAAAACUGAUUACUAUGUUUCCAAUACAAUGAUGCUCUUAAAGUUGUAGCCUACUUACAAAAUAGGCCAAAAAUAGGAUCUAAAACUAAGCUAUGUUUACCUCGAUCAAAGUUGCAUUUUUAUAAAUAUUAGAGGUCAAGAAUGAGGUGUAGUGUGCAAAACUGUUCUAAUGACACUAAAAGAACUACCAAAAGCCAUGGAAUUACAUUUCACAUGUUCCCAAAACAACUGAGUCUGCGUUCAGCCUGGGUGGAGGCUUUGGGCAUGGCGGACUGGGAGCCUAAAGACCGGAGUACUGUUUGCUCCGAACACUUCAGGAACGAUGACUUCUAUCUAACUAAGCGAGGGUUGAGACGGAUUAAGUGUGGCGCUGUACCUGUUGUCAUGCAAGAUUCUGCAGAUGACCUCGAUGCGCCGGCCGCUCUCAGGGUAUGCCGAAUAUGUUUAGUAAUGGACGCCAAAAUGUAUCACAUAAGGGAAUUUAAACUGGAUCAGAUGUACGAACAAAUUACUGGAUUAAUGGCCAGUUCUGAAGAAAGAUUACCGCAGCGUGUUUGCUGGGAAUGUGGCGCGCGAUUGUUAGCGGCGUAUCGCUUUAGAAGUAAAGCUAUGCGAAGCGAUGCCUUGCUACAUGAGCUAUUGCAGUCUGAUACGUAUAUAAAAAUCCGAGACAUAAAAUCAAUUAACCGGAACCACAACGGCUUAACUUCAAAUUUAAUACACAAAAUAUAUGAAAACAACGACUAUGAUUUACAUAUAGAUUUGAGCAUUAAAACCGAAGACACUAAUAUUGAUAUAAACGAUAUUAACGAACAAAUAGACGAAAAUAUUAUUAAUAUUAAUGAAAAUUUAGAAAUUGAAGUCAAGAGCCUAGCUCCUAUAGCUGAAAUUGAAAUCAAAGAUGAGAGUUCGAAUAAUAUAUUUUUUGAUGAGUAUGAUGGUGACAAUUUUGACGAAGAUGAUGAUAAGGUUUUGAGCGAAGUUCUAGAGAAGAAGGUUAAACCUAAAGUGAAGAAGAAAAAGGUAAAAGUCGUGAAGAAGGUGAAAAAGAAAAUUGAUGAAGAAGAUGAUCCGGAUUUAACUAGUGAUAGAUACAAGAAAACAGACGUCAAACGCCGUCGUACAAACGAAGCUUUAGACGAAUCUCUAUUCACUAUAACGUCUCUUACAUACGACCAACAAAUAGAAGAGAUAUGCAAACGCCAGGAAAGUGCUAACUAUAUUAGCGCACCUUAUAAAUGCACCGUGUGCUAUCGCGGGUUUCUGAUUAAAGACAGAUAUACCGCGCAUGCUGUUAGACAUAGCGAGCAAAGUGGAGCGUACGAGUGUUUCAUAUGUAAGACGAGGCUGAAAACUAGUCGAGCGCUCAGAAAACAUCUGACAGCUCAACAUACUGAACAGUACAGUUGUAAGGGAUGUCCGUUUGUCACCAGAAAUAGGGGCGUAGCGAGAGAACACGAGAAAUGGCAUGCGGGUACUAAAUAUCAAUGUCCACAUUGUGCUAGCGAGUUUGAUAAAUUAACAACAUAUAUGGGACAUAUAAGAAUAAAGCACGUAUCAGACUUUGUUUGUGAACUCUGCGGGUAUACUUUUGUCAGUAAAAAGGGUAUCGAUGUUCACAAGAAGAAGAAACAUCGACUUGUCGAUAAAACGUUAACACUAGAAGGGCCUUAUUGCGAAAUGUGUGACGUAACAUUUAUUUCUGAAGAGGCACACGAGAGACAUCUGAAGUUAUCUGCUAGACACAGCAGUGAUCAUGACCCUAACAGAAUCCGCAACGACUCUCAAAGCAUGAACACAGAACGCAACGGCAGAGUUAUGCGACGAAUAGAGAGACGACCGGUCAUACACCCGCGAUCGACACUCGACCGUGAGCCGCACCCACCAGUUAACUGUGAACAGUGCGGCAUACAACUCCGAGACUUGAGAGUUUACGCGCAACACUUCAGACGCGCUCAUCCGGACAAGAAUCGAACCAAGUACCCCGCGAUGAAGACGCCGUGUAUGUGCGAACAGUGUGGCAAGAUAUUCCAGAGCAUGGCCCUCCUAAAAGACCACAUGUGGGUACACACCGGGGAGAAACGCUUCAAGUGCGACCGUUGCACGAAGAGCUUCACCCAGAAGACCAACCUGGUCUUCCACAUGCGCGUCCACAGCGCCACGCGGCCGAGCUACGAGUGUCCGCUGUGCGGCAAGCACUUCGCCUUCUUCAAUAACAGGCGCCGGCACAUGUUUAUCCACACCGGGCUCAAACCCUUUAAAUGCGACACUUGUGGUAAAUGCUUCACCACAUCAGGCGAACAACGCGCCCACGUAGAACACGUGCAUUUGAAGAAACCGUGGCCUAAGCGCAGCCGACACCGCCCUCACGAGUGGAAGUGCCAUACGCCUAACGAGGACUAAAUCUAUAAUACUGUUGAGAGCUCUGCCUCAUUAAAGCCUAAGGCCGUAUACAGAAAGAAAGCUGGAAGAAGCUGAAACUUAUCGGCGCUUGACAGCACUGGUAACCCGUGCAGGAAAAUAUAUGAACACGCGCCGAUGAGCGCUGACCGGCGCCGACAAAAGCUGGAAACUUAUAAGCACCUAUCGGCACGUGUUCAUAUAUUUUCCUGCGCGGGUUACCAGCGCUGUCACGCGUCGAUAAGCUCUUAUAAGUUUCCAGUUUCUUCCAGCUUUCUUUCUGUAUACGGCCCAAGAUCCCAGGCCAGACAGGUCCUGUGGGCAGUUUUUUUUUUGCUAGACACGUUAAAUAUCGACAGUAUUACCGCCUUGCGAAAUAUUUAUACCAAGUUUGCAUUCUAUGACAGAUAGAUUAUAAACAGCGCCUACGUCAAAAGUUCUGUUUUAUAUGUAAAUUACAACUUGCUACAGUCUAAACUGAAAAUUGGUGAUACACCCGUGCAUCGCAGAGCACAUACAUACAAGGAGAUCAGUCAGCUGCGCAGGACAUAUUAUAGUUUGGGCACAUUUGCUUGGACUGCGGUGCACUCACUAUUCCUUCACUCUCAUGGCGCGAUGGGACGACAAUCCGACACCACCGGAGAGAGAUCACAAGCAGAACUGACAUUUACGUGCUCUCCGAUGGGCGUAUCAAUCACCAACUUCCAGACUCCGGGCUAAGGAUAAAGAAGUUAUGGCUAAAAUUAACAUCGGAACUAAAUGAUUUGCCUACGAAAUAUGGCUUCCUCGUAUUUAUACUUUAAGUAGUUAAAUAUAUAAUGACUAGUUCGUAUUUAGGAUUAUAUAGAUUUUGAUCUCAAUAUUGAAGGGCCUAUAAAUAUAUUUGUAUACCGGACUAUAUUUUUUAAAUCAUAGCGCCUUAUAAAAUAGAAAAUUACAAUUAUCCUAAAACCAAAUUAUCGACAACUUGGAAAGUCCGUUUUUCUUAAAAUUACUGUUUAAAUUCAUAUUAAACAGUUGUUAAAAGAAAACUGAUAUUUUUGCUUAAAUGAAGGUUUGCAGCAUUGAAAAAAGAAAACUCUGUGGCUUGUACGGUGAAAAAAUGACUA